AUGGCAAAUGAUCCUAUCACUAAUCACGGAGCUCUUCUAGACCAAACUGAAGCGAACGGCAUUACCACUGCACCUGCAGUAACCGCUGUCACAAGUAAUGGCAUUAGCUCCUCUUCAUCCACAACCAUCGUUCCAUCAACAAAUACAAAUUCGUUUUUUGAUAAGGCUCCUUUUAGUCAACUAAAUGAUCAAGCGGGUUCACCGGACAAUAAAAGUAUUGAAGGUGAAACUAAAGAGGAAGCUGGUGAAGAAGAGACUGAAGAUAUUUCUAGUUCUCAACUUACCAUCAGGGCUCUUGUUUCUACUAAAGAAGCUGGUGUUAUCAUUGGAAAAGCCGGUAAAAAUGUAGCCGAGCUUAGAGAAACAACUGGUGUCAAAGCUGGUGUGUCUAAAGUUGUACAAGGCGUUCAUGACAGGGUAUUAUCUGUAGCAGGUACUCUGGAUGGAGUCGCGAAGGCUCAUCAUUGA